CAGUUGGCCGUCGGGCCCGGGGCCUGUCGGCAGAUACUGUUUGGCGGCUGCCGAGAGAGGUCUGAUUUUUCGGAAAUCAAGAACUCUCGCGACGUGUUUGAUGACUUCCGUUAUUUGUAUUUUUAUAUAAUAAUAUCCAUCUAAAUAUUUUUUCCGUGAUUCUUGGUAGAUUAAACGGUAAUGGACAGCGAUAUUGUUGAUGUCAAACAUGAAGUCGAUUACGAUCAAACAUCGGUUACGAAUUUUGUGUCAACAAAUAUCAUCAGUCAUGAUUCUGUCGUGAUUUGUGGUAAAUGCGAAAAACAAAUGUUAUAUCAGGAGUAUGAUUCUCAACACCGCCAGACUCAUUAUGGGCUUUGUUGGAUUGUAGACGUAGAAGAUGAAAUUGAUUUCUCAGACGCAUCAAAAAUUCAAGAAAUAUUAAAAAAAACUACUAACAAAUCUAAAACUAAGUCAAAAUUUAUAUGUGAAUGGUGCGAUACUGUUAAAUUGACAAUAUCUGGAUUUUCCAAUCAUAUAACAAAAUGUAAACAAAAUCCGGUGAAAGUGUUGAGUGUAAAUAAUGAAAUUCUGAACGAGUCUUGUGUAAAUCAAAGUACAUCAUCAACUACUCAUAAUAAUGACUCUAUGGGUAUGAUACAUGGACAAUCGACUAUUUUACAAGUGUCAUGUGGUCGUUGUGGAGAAAGUAUGAUUUAUGAAGAGUACAUAAAUAAACAUAGACAUACUCACUAUAAUUUAUGUUGGUUAGAAGGUGAAGAAAAAUUGGAUUAUUUAAAUGAGAAAAAAAUAGUUGUUUUACUCCGUGAAUUUUUACCAAACUCUGUUGUCAAAAAAAAAUUUAUGUGUGAAUGGUGUAAAGAUUUGAAAAAAAGUGUGUUGGGCUUUGCUUCUCAUGUAAAAAAAUGUGCCAUAGAACAAAAGCUUGCACUUCCACCUCCUAAUGAAACUGAUUUACUCCAACCUAAAGACGAAGAAAUCAAUAUUAAAAACAAUUCCAUGGUAAUUUGUGGUCGCUGUAAUAAAAGUAUGACGUACAAAGAGUAUGAAGAUACCCAUAGUGCAACACAUAACAAUUUAUGCUGGAUAAUUGGUGAUGAAAAACCAGAUUUCGAUGAUGAGAAUGCGAUACAAUAUUUGUUACGACUAAAAUUACCAAAAAAUGCCGCACGCCAAAAAAAAGUUAAAUUUGUUUGUGAAUGGUGUCAGAAUGAAAAAAAAAGUGUAGUUGGUUUUGCUAGCCAUGUGAAACGAUGCACAUCUAGACCGGAUAAACUGGGACUGCUCAACCAAAAUGAUAAUGGAAAUGAUAUCAAUAAAAAAUCUGAUAUAGAAAUUACAAAAGAAAGAGAUGAUUCAAUGGUGACUUGUGGUCGUUGUAAAAAAGAAAUGACUUUCAUUGAGUAUCGUACUCAUCACUAUUCUAAACAUUUUAAUUUAUGUUGGAUUGAUGGAGAAGAAAUACUUGAUUUAGAAAACUAUGAUGCCAUAUUAAAUAAAUUAAAACAAUUCAUACCUUUUAGUGCCGUUCGUAAACGGUCAGUAAAAUUAUGUUGUGAAGAUUGUAAAACUGUUAAGAAAAGUAUUUCAGGAUUUGCAAGCCAUGUAAUAUUUUGCAAUAAAACUCCUAAUGACAUUGAUCAAUUUUUAACUAGGUGUGAAGACUGUGGAAAUAAAGUUAAACCAUCAUCAUUAAUAACUCACAAAAUGAAAAGUUGUAAAGGUAUGAAUUACAUAGAAAAUGACAAUGAUAUCACCAUGAAUAAUAAAUCAAAAAAAUAUUUCAAAAUGCGUCGUAAAAAAAGGCCUCCAAACGUGUUAAGUUUUCAUCCAGAUACUAAAUAUAUUACUGAAUAUUAUGAUUUUAUGUGUCGUUUAUGUAAUUUUGUUACAAUAAGUGUCAAUGACAUGAUUGAUCAUAUUAUGAAGAUACAUGAUAUUGUUUUAAAUAAAAAAAAAGAUAGUUUAGACCAUUAUACAAAAAAUACAUAUGAAGUACACAGAAAUAUAUACUUAAAGCCUUUAUUGAAUUAUUAUAAUUUCUUCACAAAAACAUUUUGGAAGGAUGUUUGUCACAAAGAUUUUAAUCCUGAUGUUUUGCUCUUAACUAAUGAUGAAGCAUUAAAGUAUAUACCCUCCAUUCAACAAUCUUGUAAGAUAUUUACAUCAAAUGAUGAACAAAUUCAUGUUGAUCUUUUCAAGUCUGUUUAUGUCAAUGGUAUGCAUUGGCUGUUUACUGGCGGUCCUAAUUGGGCUAUGUCAUGGUGUCCUGUUCCAAAAGAAGUUCAAACACAGUAUCUGGCAAUAUCAUGCCAUCCUAAACCAGAUCUAGAACAUAAAGAGAUGGAAAUCUAUGAAUAUCCGUCUCUUGUGCAGUUAUGGAGAUUUGAUUCAUUAACAAAUGUUAUUUCUGAAUCUGCCUCAACUACGCCACAUAUGUCAUAUGGUGUGGCUCAUGAUUAUGGUGCUGUCUGGGAUAUGGCAUGGUGCCCUUCUGGAGCUUAUGAACCCCCCCAGAAAAUGGGAUUGUUGGCAUUGAGUACAUCUUGUGGAGAUUGCCCUGUGUUUGCUAUGCCUUUUGUGGAUGAUAUAUUAGAAAUGUUUUACAUUUACAAAGCGAAACAUAUAGUAGCAAGAAAUUUUGAAUGUGAAUGGAUUGAUGGUGGUGUACAAUGUACAAAAGUUUGUUGGCAGGCAGUUUCACCAUUCAAAACUCUUAUUUGUGGAUAUUCAAAUGGUGUCGUGAGUGUUUUUCAUAUAAAUUUCAAGUCAAUAUUCUUAGAUAAUGAUAUACUUUAUCCAAGCCAUACUUUCAUAGCAAGUAGAAGUAGUAUUACCGGUCUUUCCAUGAAUUAUUUUAAUACUACAAUAUUGGCUACUUCAGCAACCGAUGGCAAUGUAACUCUAUGGGAUUUGAAGUCUACUGAAAACCCAAUCUUUCAAAAGCGAUCUUAUUGUCCAUCAGACUGUACUUGGCUUCAACAGUGUUACACAUUGGUAUAUUGUAGUAAAGUUGUUAAUCCUGUAUUUUCAAAAGUUCGUACUAUUAAUUUUUCAAACUGUGACAAUGAUGUUGAGGGUUAUAAUCCCGAGUUAUAUGUUCUAAAAAGUGUAACUAAUAGAAAUAAGAUACUCGGUGACUGUGAUAUAUUGAAGAAUGAUAAAAAAAUAAAUUGUGAUGAGGCUGAUGAAAACAAAACUCUUAAUGAAUCCAAUAUGAGUAGUGAUGACGAAUCAUAUAAAUCCGAUAACUCAAGUACGUAUUGUGAUCAAGAUAAUGCAGGGAAGUCUGGAGAUUUACAAAAAAACAUUGAUGAAGAAGAUUUUUAUGGUCCUACUUUUUCUCAAAAGAGUACUCAUUGGUCUGUAUCUACUUCGAAUUGGAUGAAUGUCAUAGCAACUGGAAAUGAAAAUGGAACUAUUUAUGAAAAGGUGUUUCUAUCAGAAACCAAUAAUAUAAGAAAAGGAAACUCAACAACACUUCAAUUGAUGGUAAGACCAUUAUUACCAAAUGAUAAUCCUCAAGAGUAUUCUGAUGGUUACCGUUUUAAAGAAACCAUUAAAACAUUUGGACUUGAAUCUAAACUUUUUCUUUUCAAUGAAAAUGCACCCAACGACCCAGACGCCAGCAAACCUUUGUUAAGAUACCCUCUUGACAAUAUAACCAAGUUAUCUUGGAAUCAGAAUUUUAAUUCUUUUCGUUGGUUGGCGAUUGGAACACAAAGUGGUUUUACUCUAAUUUCACCAUCACGAGCAAUACCUGAUAGUUGUAUAGAUUCAUUUUAUAAAACAAUUUUUACUCCUAUUGAUAACAUUCAUGAUACGACUGAUAUUUCUUUGUAAUUAUUUUAAACUAAGUCUUAGUUUAAAUGACAUCAUUAAGAAAAACCAUUUUUAAUA